AUGGCGUCUGCUCAACAAAAGGCGUUUUGUGUGUUGCAGUUUGCCAAGGAUGAGUCAGUUGUUUCGGUCCAGCGUGCUUUUCGUCGACGUUUCGGCAUUGAUCCGCCUUCACCUAAAAACAUUCGUCGAUGGUAUCGCCAAUUUGAAGAGAAAGGGUGCUUGUGCAAAGGUAAAACUUCAGGCCGACCUCGCACUUCUGACGAAAUGGUGGAAACAGUUCGGCAAACAUAUGAGCUCAGUCCACGAACGUCUACUCGCCGUGCAAGCAGACAACUGGGUAUGCCUCACAUGCCUGUCUGGCGAGUGUUAAGACGUCGUUUGCUGUACAAACCAUACAGACUAAAAUUAGUACACGCUCUCCGGGUUGGUGAUAAAAGGAAACGUGUUGAAUUUAGUAAUGCUCUACUUGAGGACAUGGAAGUGGAUACAUUUUUAUCACGAUUAAUUUUCAGUGAUGAAGCAACAUUUCAUACUAGUGGUAAAGUAAACCGACGUAACGUGCGCAUAUGGGGACUCGAACAACCUCACAUUAUUCAGCAUGAACGAGACUCGCCGAAA